GAAUCAGGCCGCGCAGGCGCGGGCGCAGGCGCGUUGCGGUGCGGUGCUGUGCGGCCGCUCGGGGUGUUGCAGCCGCCGCCGCUGCCGCUGUCAGUUCCGGCUGCUGCUUCGGGAAGCGGAUCGGGCCCCGCCGCCUCAGAGCCCCGCGCCGCGGCCAUGGCCCGGGACUACGACCACCUCUUCAAGCUGCUCAUCAUCGGCGACAGCGGUGUGGGCAAGAGCAGCUUGCUGUUGCGUUUUGCAGAUAAUACUUUCUCAGGCAGCUACAUUACCACAAUUGGAGUGGAUUUUAAAAUCCGGACAGUUGAAAUUAAUGGAGAGAAGGUGAAACUACAGAUCUGGGACACAGCUGGACAAGAGCGUUUCCGGACUAUCACAUCAACGUAUUACAGAGGAACACAUGGAGUCAUUGUUGUUUAUGAUGUCACCAGCGCAGAGUCCUUUGUGAAUGUCAAGCGGUGGUUACAUGAAAUUAACCAAAACUGCGAUGAUGUCUGCCGGAUAUUAGUGGGAAAUAAGAAUGAUGACCCAGAGCGGAAGGUGGUGGAGACGGAAGAUGCCUAUAAAUUUGCCGGGCAGAUGGAGAUCCAGUUGUUCGAGACGAGCGCCAAAGAAAAUGUUAAUGUGGAAGAGAUGUUUAAUUGCAUUACAGAGCUGGUUCUGCGAGCAAAGAAAGAAAACUUGGCAAAGCAGCAACAGCAGCACCAGAAUGAUGUUGUGAAGCUAACUAAGAACAGUAAAAGGAAGAAGCGGUGCUGCUAAUGCCCUUUCCCUGCUGCAGAGACUGCUCUCAGACAGAUCAGCCCCUCCAGCUAGACUCGGGCAAUUCCACUGGGGCAGGCUUUGGGAGGACCUUCUCAGUUUUGUGCCGUUAUUUAAAGAUUUUUCUCCAUGUUUUCUAUCAAGAAGCGCUGGCACCUUACCACUGUAGUGCCAAGAAGUUGUCUGAUGGACUCUCGCCCCCUCUCCUCCCCUGCUCCUUCCAGCGCGCCUUGUAGAUAAGAAAGGACGUUGCCUACCAAGUGGACGGAUUUAACCCAAGAGUUUGUACAUAAUGUAUAUUGCUUUAACCAGCUGCACCUCCCUCUUGUUGCUCUGGCUUAGGCCUUCUUAAUGUCAACCAAUCAUGAACUAUAGAGUUCAUCUUUUUAAAGAUAUAGUACAAAGUUCUUAAUGCGAGUAGGCCCCUGGCUGACAGUGACUGCUCCCUGGGGCUUUGGGCUUCGUUUUGUUUGGGCUCCAGGCUGGCAACUGGUGCCUCUGGGGCCUUUGGCUUCUCUUCUGAGUUCCGGGCUGCUCCUGGGGCUUUGGCUUCAUCUCUCUAGGUACCAGGAUUGCAGAAGCUGCUGCUGGAGCCUGGGGUUUCACUUUCCUAGCUCCUGGGCUAGCAGCUGGUGCUGCUGCUUGGGCCUUGAGUUCUGCCAUAUUCCAGGAUAUGGCAGGAUCCCUGGGUUUCCUCAUCUCCCCAUGCUGCAGCCCAGCUGUACCUAUGCUCCUUAGUUUGUAUCAAGAUAUUUAAAAUCAAUCCUGCAGAAAUGGGAUUUAUUUGGACUUAAACAUUUUUUUUUCUAAACCACCCCCCCACAAACAAGAAAGUUGGCUCCUGGUGAUCUCUGCUUCUGGGUCUGCCAGGGGCUUCUGGGCAGGGUCCAAGCUCCUAGAGAAAAAACCAGUGUGAAUCUGCCAAAAACUUCUUCGUCCUGUACACAAGAAGAAGACAUGAGCUUGAAUGUGAAUUCUGGUAGCAGAGCCUUCCUUGCAAGAGAUGACAGGCACAGAAAAGAAUCCCGAUGUUCCAGGCACCUGGAUCCGAGAGCUGCUGCAGAAUCGUUCCCAAAACUCUUAUGUCAGCAAGGAGGACCACUGAUGCAUGGAAAGUUUGCUUGCUUGGGUUAUUUGGUGGUGGUUGUGUGUGCGGAUCACCUUUAAUGUAUUCUGCUCUCACUAUGCUGGACAGCAUUUUCCUGACCCUCACUGGCUUUUGAGGGAAAAAUAAGGGCUCACUUCAUCAGUUUCUGAAUAGAUGCACUCAGAGGCCCGACCAAAAGGUAGCACGUGUGUGGGCUGUUGAAGUACAAGUUCAGCAGCUGAAUCAUUCUCUAAACAACCAUGAAAUGAUGACUAGGAAGGGGUAGGGAGUGAGGCUUCCUUCUGGACUCUGGAGAUGAUACUGCCUCUAAGGCGUGUGGUCCUUUGGACUCGGUGGUGGUAGGUUUGGUUGAACAUGUUCCAUUGAUGUUCACUAGCUUUAAAUCAUCCCUUCCCUCACCCAAGCAAGAUUAAAUCCAAGUCACUUACGAUAUUUUGCUUGGGUUGAAUUCUUAUGGUUUGUGGUAGAAGACCUGAUGAUACAAUCACGAGAUAGAUCAAUCACUCUAAAGAUUUUUAAAUUUUUUUUUUUUUUUUUCACAGAAGCAAUGAAUGUGACAGGCUUUUAAUCAAUUAAAGUGCCAGGAGUGUCUACCCAAUUGCCUUCUCCUGUCUCUUUUCACAUAUCGGUUGCCUCUUUCAUUGAUUGCCCAAGAGUAGGUAUGAGCUAGGCCAAUGCUGCUAGUGUGAGCUUUCUGGUAAUUGGAAGACAUGGGAUGGCUGCCUCAAGAGGUGGCAGCAGAAAUAAGAGCAUGCAUCCACCUUCAAUGCUUAUAACAUGGAAUGCUGUCUGUGUGCCAGGAGGGAGUUCUGAUUUUUCUCUAACUUGUGCUACAGUGGCCACUUUCAGAUCAGGGGCCCAUCCUGCAUUACUUUCACAGGACUCUUGUGCAAGGCAGUGUGCAGGGCUAGGCAGAGAGAACUUGAUACAGGCAAAAGUAAAGGAAACCCAAUGUCUGCAUUUACUGGAACUGAUGCAAUAAAGUGAGGAAAUGGUGCACCUGAUCUGGAGUGUUCUCUUGUGUGGAAAGGUUGGUCCUCCUUGGUCCAAGUGAUUAUGGCCAUGGGUAUGAAUUUUGCCAAUCCAGCAGUCCAACUUUCUCAUUUGAAGUGGGAUGUUUUUCUAGAGAUGGCUGCAAAGGAGCAGUAAUCUCCUUACUGUUGCCACUAAGUAUUAAACAGGAAGGGAGAAGGAGUGGGGACGACAUCUCUAGUGGUGCUGAUGUGAAGUUUCCUACAUGUCGAGCAAUGGAAUGUCUAACUGGUUUGCUAGGAUUAUUUCUGUAUUGAAAGUUUCUAAUUAUGCUUUUUAAAUAAUUUUAAAAAACUAAAAAUAAAGGUUACAAGCUGCCAAA